GCAAGUAAAACGAAGAUCCAAGAGUCAGUCAGCUCAAUCGACAAGAAGAAAAGAAGAAAAACUUCACAGGAAGAUGAGUGGUUUGUUACCAGAUGAAUCGAACGGAGAAGUUGCCGGUGGUGGAGCGUCUACCAGCAGGGCCGACGCAAACGCUUCCUCGUCCCAGCAAGCUCCUCCAAGUCGCUACGAGGCCCAGAAGCGUCGCGACUGGAACACCUUUGGCCAGUACCUCAAGAACCACCGGCCCCCUCUAGCGCUCUCCCGGUGCAGCGGAGCUCACGUCCUGGAAUUCCUGCGCUACCUGGAUCAGUUCGGUAAGACAAAAAUCCACGCACCAGCCUGCCCCUUCUUCGGCCUCGCACACCCACCAGCACCUUGUGCCUGCCCGCUGCGACAAGCCUGGGGGAGCCUCGACGCACUCAUUGGAAGGCUCCGAGCUGCAUUCGAGGAGCACGGUGGAAAGCCCGAGUCGAAUCCUUUUGGAGCUCGAGCUGUCCGUCUCUAUCUUCGGGAAGUGAGAGAGAUGCAAGCCAAGGCUCGUGGCAUUGCCUACGAGAAGAAGAAGCGUAAGAGGCCAGGCUCUGCAACUUCAGCUGUUGCUGCCGCUGCCGCUGCUUCCACUGCUGCCUCCGCUGCUGCUGCUGCCGCUGCUGCUACCACUAGUGAAGGCUCUGGAGGCUCAGGCUCAGCUCUGUCCGGGGCAACCACGUCUUCAUCACCUUCCGGACUAGGUGACCCCCAUCUCCUCUGAUUUGAUUUCUUCCUUCCGACAUCACGAGAACUCUUCCCGAGGCUGCGGCCCAUUACAGCGAUCCCAGGUGAAUACAUAAGUAGUAGCAUACUUAUGUUGGUCUGUAGCCGGGCCUUUUGCUUUCUUUCCUUGCAUCUAUCUCUUCUUCUUUGUUCCCCGUCUGGUCUGUCUGUCCAUCACGAACACGUUUAGUCUCUCGAGAAAGUCCGGACCUUUGCAUUCUCGGUAGUACAGGAUGGCCGCGGGCUAUUGUUCGUUCGUCGCUCGUUCGUUCAUCCAUCUCGUCAGCCUGCGUUGAGCUUAUCGUCUCUUGAUGCCUUCCAGAUUACAUCGGAGAGAUACGCUGCAAGGAUUUUCGAUCAGAAGAGUCAGUGACAGCGCUUCAGAAGAUCAAUUUAAAGCCCACACCCGGUCAUACGGCACGGAAGUUUCAACAAGGGAAAGCUUUACUACUUGAAGCUAUGCUGAUGGUAAGCCAUCAAUUCACUGUCUGAAAAAUCACAGGAGUACUACCGCACCACAAGCGGACAAACAAAGCCAUUCAGAAGUUUGAAGGGACUCGCAGGCUCAAUUUCAGGGGCUUACUAAUGCCAAUCCUGUGACAAAGUUUGAAAUAUCUAACAAAACGGGAAUAGAUUUCCUGGAA